CUUCUUGCCCCGACGUGGCAUGGCCAGCCUGCUCCGCCGCUGGAUUCGCGAUGCGCUCUGCGCCCACGGCUACGCCUGCGCCGAGCCGCUGAUCGAGGACACGGCCCACGGCAUGUUCCCUCUCGAGGCCUUUGCCCACGUCGACGACGACAGCGCGUCGCCGCUCGUCUUGCGCGGCCUCUUGCUCGGCGAACGGUAUCUUCUUCACGUGCUCUGCGGUGGCGAGACGUGGCGCGUCGACUUUGCGCUGGCGUCGUACAUCCCGACACGCUCUGCGUUGUACGCGCAGUACGCCGAGUACGUGCGCUGGCGCGUCGAAAAAUCCAUCUUGCAGCGCCAUGCAUCGACCGCCCAAGCGCUGCUGGGCAGCUUGCCCGAGCACCUCAUCGAUGGCAUCGUCGGCUUCUUGGCUGCGCCCGACGCGGCCCGCGCCGCUGCCACGUGUCGCGUCAUGCACAAAAGCACGGCCAAGCCGGGUGUUUGGGCGGCGCUUCUCCUACAUGAUUUUCAGGUUUGGCAUGAAGGCGACGAUGCCAAGGCCGUCUACAUUCGACGCUCGAGAGUGCUCGCCCGCAUGCGCUCGAUGCAUCUCACCGACUUUUUUGGUCGACCGAAUGACAUUUGGCAGAGCGACGACGCCCGGCCAUCGCUGCGGGUGCCUCGGUUCCCAUACUACCUCCCGCCGCCCUGCCCCGAAGCACCUGCGCCACUGCGCCAUCCCUUUCAUUUCAUCGACGACGAUGACGACGAAGAUCGCCAUUUGCUGGGACUGCCGCGGCCGUGGGCACCACGUCGGUCGUGGCACGGGGUAUAAGUCAGCACGAAAAAUGUCAUAUAUACCACAUUGUUUGCAUACUGA